AUGAUUGUGGAAAAUGCAGAAUUUUUAUAAGAUAUAUACCCAACAUAAAUAUCUGAUUUUGUUUUUGAAUGUAAAUAGUCUGUGCCCAAAAAUACAAGAAUUGUCACAUUUCCAAGAAUGCCAAAACCUGAUUCAUACCCAGCAGAAUGGAUAAAAGAAUAUUGGAUUUGA